UUCCGGACGUACCUGUCGUCCUGUCUCGUUUCUUCGACGAAACGGUGCCGACGAUCAAAAAUGUCACCCCAACGGUCGGUGGUGUUUCUCGCCCUCUUGUUCGUUACCGUGGUCAACUGUGAUUUGGAUAUACAAAUGUUGCACGUGGUAUUUCGACACGGUGAGAAAGUGCCACAACGGGAAUAUCAAAAUUAUCCCAACGAUCCCUACAAGGAUUACACGUAUCAGUCGUUGGGCGAUGGUGACUUAACAAACCAAGGUAAGCUGCGGGAAUACAGGAUCGGCACAAUGCUUCGUGAACGUUACGAUGGAUAUUUCGGGCCAGAUUAUUGGCCAGAGAAGAUCUACGCUCGAUCAACGGAAGUCCCAAGGACUCAGCUGUCUCUGCAGCUAGUUUUGGCUGGAUUAUUCCCGCCCUCGGUGAAGCAAACUUGGAAUCCGCGUCUACCCUGGAUUCCUACGUCGACGUUCUUCGUACCCUCCGAAGCUGACAAUCUCUUGUUUCCGCAUCACUGUCCCAGGUACGUAGAAGAAUACAAGAAAUUUCUGAAACAACAGAGCGCGCAGAAUAUACUGAAGAAGUACAAACCCGUGAUGAAUUACUUAACCGAGAACAGUGGGAAAGUAAUAAACACAACAUCAGCGGUGACUUAUCUGUACAACUUGCUGAAAGAAGAGGCCUCCCAGAACCUGGUUCUUCCAAAGUGGACCGAAUCUGUCUACCCCACUCCUAUGAAAGAAAUACUUGCUCUGGACUUUAAACUGAGAUCGUACACAAGGACGUUGAAACGCUUAAACGGAGGUUUGCUGUUACGUAAAAUGGUAGACGACAUCGAAACGUACAAGGCGGGCAAAUUAGUGCCGUACGAUAGGAAAGCGUUUUUCUUCUCCGCCCACGAGAUGAACGUUGCUGCUGUCGCGAGAGCUUUGGAUUUGGACGAACCUGUUAUACCUGCAUACGGGUCUACCAUAAUCUUAGAGACUCUGCGCGAUAAGAAAGGCACAUAUUACGUUCGAGUUAUGUAUUGGAGCGGAGUGUCCGAACAGCUGACGGUUAAAACCAUUCCUGGUUGCACGGAGCUAUGUCCUUUCGACCAGUUCCUCGUCAUCGUGAGCGACGUGAUGCCCAGCGACGAUGAAUAUUAUUGCCAUCCUACUCAAACAAUGAACGAGUCGAGGCACGUUAGAAAAGAUGAGAGAAUAUGCUCCUCAGCGUCGACCGUAGCCCUGGGCAACACUUGGUUCUACCUACUGUCGCUUGUCUCUCUAUCGCUACUUCUGUCUGCAAUAUCGAUCACUGACUUUAAAGCGUCGUAGAGAAGAGCGUAAUGAUAUUGCGGCCGUUUAUACGUUUCGAUAAAAUGGUUUUUGAUGUACCGGUAAAGUCGAUACAAACUUCGAAUCUCGAUAGAAUGGCGAAACCGUUAAAUAACGUUUGCAAAACUGUUUGAAUACUCGUGCGACGUAAUCAACAUUUGACUAAUUUUAUUCACGAACGACGAGGAGAAAUCUCGAGUCGUUGUUCGCGAUUAAAAUUUCCCUCUAGCCGUAGUGAACGAAAAAUUUCGUAGACGAAAUACGUGGCCAUAGUAACGUAAGUAUAGGACUAAUUAGUAACGUAGGACUUUGGCAUUAGUAUAGUAGAUACACCUAAAAGUAUUAGAAUAAACGAUCGCGAUAUUAAUAUAAUCUCUAGUCAAAAGUAUCAACUAUAGUCGCGCGGUUCUUCGAUCUUUAUUCAUUACGAGUUACGAAAGUUACUGAUUGUAUGCGUGUAUGAAAGCCUUUUCGAACGAGGAUGGCUCAAGUAGAAGUUGGAAAAUUUAAUUACGUUUAUAUUAUCUCUAUUCCUUGCAACCAACUAAAGUUUAAGAAUUCACUUCUCAACAAUAUGGUGAAACGCUUCGAGUGAUUAUCGUAGAAGGAAAAUGUAAUACAUAAUAAGAUUCAAAGAAACAAGAGAUUUCGGUCCACGAACUUUUUGUUAUAAGUACUGUGAAAUUUCAGUGAAAUGUAACCGAGUUUGAAACAAUGCGCCAACUAAAAGAGUAACCCAACGAUCGUGGCCAUGCCAAUAUCCCCGUGAGCGAAUAAAGCGCCGUGUUUGGCAGUCACGAAAUCGGAGCAAAUUCGAUUUGCAAGUUGACGGAUUGAUUCUCCUAUUUCCGUCCAGGUUAAAGGUUCAAGAACCUCAAUAGAAUCGAAAUAGCCGAAUGUUUAUCGAUCCAGAGCGAUAUUUUUCUACGGAGUUAUCGAUUCGACGAGACCAGUCGAGGUAUAAAAAUAUGAAUCUCGGUUCUCACCUCAAAAUAAAAUGGAUAUUAAAUUUAAUGAAAAUGUGAUUGCCCACUUUUACGGAAGAUCAUUUCUACUAAGA